GAGUCCUUUCCCUCACCCUCACGUAGAUAAAUUGAACUCCCAUGGACGCCAUACACAGCGGCAAGUGGUGGCGUUUCUGUGCGACUUAUUUACUGUUUGGUGUGAUCAAAGAAACUAGUUGAAAAUUUUGGAUGGAGACGGAGAGGGUGAGCAUAAGGGCUGUAAGCGGUGACGAAGAGGGCAGUAAGCGGGUGGACAAGGUGGAGGUGACGGUAGGGGUCCAGCUUAAGCCGGACACCAUCCGCUACAUCGAGAAGAAGUUGCACGACAAGGGUAUCCAGCGCAUGGAGCGUCAUCCCGUGGAUGGACUCCCUCUAGUUCACGGCCCCCCUAAAUCUGGUCACGGUGGCAAGUUUACUUGGGAGGGUCCUUCUCCUGAGGUGGAGGCUGAGCUAGAUCCAGUGCCACCCGCGAUCAAUCCCAAGGAUCCCAACUACGAAGAAGAAGAAGAAGAAGAAGGGCCAGAUGGGCUCCUCAUCGGACAAGUGGAGGUGGCCAAGGCGGCAGAGGCAAGGGAAGGCAUCUCUAGGAUCGAGAUACGACUUACUCCCCUACAGUCUUAAACAAAUUAACUGCGCUUCUUUUGUUUAGACUUUAGUGUGUUCCAGCGCGUUUGUUUCGACGAGCGUACUGUAUCUGUAUGUCUUUUUAAUUAACUGCGUCGUGUCCUUAAAAAAAAUUACUCAGUGUGUUUAGCGUCAAUCAAUAAAUCCGGUUCCACAAACACUGACUGACUGAGAAAUGUUUUCUCUAUCACAGGUUUUUA